CGCGCGCGGCAGCUCAGCUUCUCUCUAUUUCUCUUUGUGUAAAUAGCCGACAAGCCGCAGGUGAAGCUGGAGGCCAGCGUGCAUCUCUCUCCUCAGUAUGAGUGCAGCGGAAGAGAGAGACAGGCUCCUCCGUGGAGCGACGAACUGGCUCAAAUGUCCCGACACAUCUACACUCGACACGGGACAAAUGACGGCGCGUCUAAAGCCGUGUUUCAGAUCAACAGAGGCACCUAUUCCCGUCGCAGCCGUCUCAAGAGGUCUGACGGCAGCACUACUUCCACCAGUUUCAUCCUCCGUCAGGGUUCAGCUGAUUCCUACACGAGCAGGCCAUCUGACUCAGAUGUAUCUCUGGAGGAAGAACAGGUUGGCCGCCAGGAGAGAGAGCAACAGGCCGUGGCGCAACUGGAGAGGGCUAAGGCCAAAGCAGUGGCGUUUGCUGUGAAGACAAAUGUCAGUUACUGUGGUGCUCUGGAUGAAGAUGUUCCUGUUGCUGGAACUGCCAUUUCCUUUGACACUAAAGACUUUCUCCACAUCAAGGAGAAGUACAACAAUGAUUGGUGGAUUGGGCGACUGGUAAAGGAGGGGUGUGACAUUGGUUUUAUCCCGAGCCCUUUAAAACUGGAGAAUAUCCGUCUUCAGCAGGAGCAGAAGAGGGGGCGCUUCCACGGGAAGUCCAGUGGGAAUUCCUCUUCCAGCCUUGGAGAGAUGGUGUCAGGCACGUUCAAAACCAAUCCUCCAUCUGCAGCUAAACAGAAACAGAAAGUGGCUGAGCAUAUUCCUCCAUAUGAUGUCGUCCCCUCCAUGAGGCCAGUGGUUUUGGUUGGUCCUUCACUAAAGGGAUAUGAGGUGACAGAUAUGAUGCAGAAAGCACUUUUUGACUUCCUGAAGCACAGGUUUGAUGGCAGGAUAUCUAUUACAAGAGUGACAGCAGACAUCUCAUUAGCAAAGAGAUCUGUGCUCAACAACCCAAGCAAGAGAGCCAUUAUUGAAAGAUCCAACACCAGGUCAAACUUGGCGGAAGUCCAGAGUGAGAUCGAGAGGAUCUUCGAGCUGGCUAGAUCUCUUCAGCUGGUUGUUCUGGAUGCUGACACGAUCAACCACCCAGCUCAGCUCAUUAAGACCUCAUUAGCACCCAUUAUUGUGCAUGUCAAAGUGUCUUCUCCCAAGGUCUUGCAGCGGUUGAUCAAAUCACGUGGGAAAUCACAGAGCAAGCACCUCAAUGUACAGUUGGUGGCUGCAGACAAAUUGGCUCAGUGUCCUCCGGAAAUGUUUGACAUUAUUUUGGAUGAAAACCAGCUAGAGGAUGCAUGCGAACACCUGUCAGAGUACCUGGAAGCCUACUGGCGGGCAACACACACGUCAUUGAGCACUCCACUCAACCCUCUGCUGGGACGCAACCUGGGCCCCACUGCUCUCACUCCCUACCCCACAGCCAUCUCUACUUUGCAGAGCCAAAGAAACAAAAACAGGAACCAUUCUAGCGAUCAUUCUCCAAUUGAGAAGUGCAGUCUAAUGACUGCAACUGAAAACUACCACAAUACCGAGCGUCAACAGAAGAGCCGGGAGCAAUGGCCACUGGUGGAGGAGGACUACACCGACCCAUACCAGGACACGUACAAACCACACCGGAGCCGUGGCUCUCCAGGGGGAUACAGCAACGAGUCACACCACAGAACCUAAGUUCACUUCUGUCAUCAUCGGAGACCUUUUCAGAAGCAUAGUACCUUGUAUUCCCUCUCGCACUGGUUCUCACCAAUGGGGAAAAAUUGGGGCACGUUUGCUUUAAUGUCUGUAAAAUGUUUGUCAGAGAAAUUUGAGGUACAGUAUUCUGCAUUUCAAAAUAUCUCAGUGAGGGAAUUAUGAUCGUGGAUAGCCAAAAAUUAAUUGCUGUCCCUCUGGUAAAUUAUCUCUCUAAGGAUUCAGGUCUUGUAGGUAAGUUCUCUGUGCAUUUGCAGGGUCAGGUGAUGAAGCAGGAUGGCUCAGGUCAAGAUGCAGAAAUGGCACAGUGUCAAGACCCUUUUGCACGUAUUUAGUAAUUACUAGAAAUAGAGCGCACAAUUCCAGAGCAAUGCCAGUGUAUGACAUUUGUUCAUAUGGUGUCAGUUCUGAUUGAGAGUGCUCAGAGAGCCUCAGGAACAGGACAUUAAAAGGUGGAUAUAAAAGUCUACAUGCCUCUGUUAAAAUUGCAGGGUUUUGUGAUGUCAAAAAUUAAACCAAGAUAAAACAUGUCAGACAUUUUUCAAUCUUUAAUGUGAUACAGAAACCAACAAGAUCAAAGUGAAAAUCAAAUAGAAUUGAUAUAGGGGGAAAAAAAAUAAAAUAAUAACAAUAGAAAAACAGUAACCUGGUUGCAUAAGUGUGCGCACCCUUUUAUAAUGGGGCGUGUGGCCUGUGCUCAGAAUGAACCAAUCACAUAAACUCAUGUUCAAAAGUAAUUAUCACACAGCUGUUAUCAACAAAGUAAUUCAGAUUAACCUCAAAGUUCAGCUGUUUCCGUGGGAUUUUCUUGAUAUGUUCUUGGUUUCAUCCAAUUGCUGUAGCUGUGGUCUGCAAAGAGCGUACAAAGCAUGUACAAUCUCAUUAUUGAAAAGUAUCACUCAGGAGAAGGGUACAAAAGAGUUUCCUAAAAAUUAAACUGUGUCAUAGCGUGUUAUGAUCUGAUGAAACCAAAGCAGAACUUUUUGACAUAAUUCUAAAAGAUAUGUUUGGC